AUGGCAUUAGCAUCGGAAACUCCAUCCACCAACACAAAGAAGCGUGUCUCCUGCUAUGAGUUCGACACGGUAGCGGAUGUGAUUGGAAAAGGCUCCUACGGUGAAGUGUACCGCGCCACUGUUGUGAAGCCGCAGGGCGACAGUGAAGUCGUGGCCCUCAAGCGAACGAUGUGUGCCGCAAAAGAAGAGGGAAUGCCCGCCUCCACCAUGCGGGAAAUUAUGGUGUUGAGAGAAGUUACGAAAGGCAUGCAGGGCGAUAUAAGAAAUGGAGAGGGUCCGGCAUUAGGAAGUAAUAAUGUCGUCAAACUACAUGAUGUGUUAAUCGAUAAGAAUGUAGUGUAUAUGGUAACAGAGUAUUGUGAGGCCGGGGACUUAUCGUGUUAUCUGAAGAAACAACCCAAAAACCGUAUUGCAGAUCCUCAUCAAUAUAGACGAUGGAUGCGGGAUUUACUUCGUGGGAUUUGUUAUCUUCACACCAGGAAAUUCUCUCAUCGAGAUUUAAAGCCACAGAAUAUCGUUCUUAAAGCUGUAUCAAGUAGAAAAACGGACUCCGAUGACAAAAUGGAUAAUAAUAUUAUAAAUGAAAAAAUACAAAGUGAGGCAGAAAAGUAUAUUCUUAAGAUUACAGAUUUUGGACUUUCUCGUGUUGAAGGAAUACCUGUAAAGAAAUAUCAACACGAAGCCGUCACUUUAUGGUAUCGUAGUCCUGAUUUAUUGCUUGGAAAUACAUGUUACGCCUAUACAGCUGAUAUGUGGAGUGCAGGUUGUAUUAUUGCAGAGACGGCGAGUGGAAAUGCACUUUUUAGAGGAAAGAAUGAAACUGAACAAUUAAAGUGUAUUUUUUCUCGUUUGGGUGCACCAACUGAACGUAAUUUCCCUAGUAUGAAAGAAUAUCCACUUUAUGAAAAAUAUUCCGGUCUGUUGGAUGCUCUUGCGGAGGAACAAAAUACACAUGAUACAGGUUUAACAUAUAGUCAUGAUGGUCUUGAUGAAAUUAAAAGUGAUUUAACUCAUUAUUUUAGAAGAUAUGGUGUUGUGGGUAUUGUAGGCGAAGAUGGACUGGAUCUUAUUAGCCGAUUAUUAUUAUAUGAACCAAGACGUCGUCUUACAGCAGAAGAAGCCCUUCAACAUCCUUUCUUUACGACACUUUCACGAAGUAUCAUUCCAACUGUAGAAACUGUAGCGGAUGUGGACACAGCUCUUCCAAUGAUUUCUUCUUGUUUGAUUAUGGAUGAGAGGAGAAACACAAUGGAUCACGGUAGACUCACCGAUAUGGAGAGUGAAUAUUGCCCAGAUGCUUUGCAAACCCAAAGACCAUCCGAGUCUAUGAAUGCUCCUCCACACGAACAACAGGAAGAAGAAGAAGAAGAAGAAGAAGAAGAGGAAGAGGAAAAAGAAGAAAAAGAAGAAGAACAACAACCACAACCACCACAAAAACAACCUAAACAGAAAAAUCCCAAAUUGAAACAUAAACAACCACAACCACCGCAAACAGAAGAAAUAAGAAGAGGUAGUAAUAAACGUGGGAUAUCUGUACGUAUGAACGGUGGUACUUUCCCAAAGCCGUUGGGUGUGUGUCCGGUGCGGAAUAAUAUAUCAUAUGUCCAUCGUCCAGAGAUAAACUCCACAAAGACAGUAGUAGGUCGUAAUGGUAGACGUAUUUGA